AUGCCUGUGCCCGCCUUCCGCGCAGCCCUGCUGCUGCCGCUCUUAGGGCUGGAAGUCCCCGCCGCCGCCGCCAACUGGGGCCCCCGCCAAUUCACAAGUUUGGUCACCUUCGGGGACAGCUACACUGACGAUACGCGUUUCUCCUACUUUCAGACGCAUAAUAAUUCCGCUCCACCGGUGGGAUGGGUUGAACCGGAGGCCAACAUCUCCUCCUCCGGCGGCUAUAUCUGGCCUCACUACGUCGCAGCCUACCACCCCGCCAUCAAAACCCGCUACAAUUACGCCGUCUCGGGCGCCACCUGCUCCAACGCCAUCAUCGCCCGUCCCUACGAUUCCGCCGGCCAUUUAUAUCCUUCGGUGCGAGAGUAUGAGGUCCCCGCCUUCACCGCCGACGCCCACUACACCGACCCGACCACCCACCAGCCCUUCCUCAACCUCCCCGCUGAUGAGACUGUCUACGCGCUAUGGAUCGGAACGAAUGAUCUGGGGAAUAAUGCGUUUCUGACGGACUCGCAGCUGAAUAAUGCCACGGUUGUGGACUAUGUGGAUUGUGUGUAUGAGGUUUUGGAUGGGGUCAGAGCAAAAUACUUCAUUCUCAUGAACGUCAUCCCCCUACAGCUGACACCGCUGUACGCCACCCCCGAGAACGGCGGCAUCGGGCCGAGUAAAUACUGGCCGGAUAAGCCGGCCAAUCUGACGGAAAUUUCGGGCAGGAUGGAGGGUCAGGUGGUGUUGGUGAAUGAGGCAUUUCGGUGGCGCACAGCCGCAGAGGUGGUCUUGAAUCAAAGGUGGCCUGGGGUGGAGGUGGCGGUUUUUGAUGUUUAUUCUUUGAUCCAAGAAAUCUACCACAAUCCCACGCAGUAUCUGAAUGGGAGUGCGCCGGCGAAUGUCACCGGGUAUGAGUACCAUUGCAACAUCAACGGGACGGACUGCGUGAAAUCCGAUAGUCCGGAUUCGUUUCUGUGGUUUGAUGCCUUGCAUCCGUCCGAGCGGACGGAUCAGAUCAUUGCGGAGGAGUUCAUCAAGGUCGUAAGCGGGGAGAGUCGGUUUGCGGAGUAUUGGUCGGGAGAGUAGAUGAUAGGGUCAGGGGGUUUGUG